AUGGUUGAGCUUGGUAUCACUACACUAGCGCUUAGCACCUUCGCCAACGUACACCAAGACUCUCCAGCCUCGAAAAUAGCUUCUAGGAAGUACGAAAAGCUACUUGGUAUUGUGCGACAAAAGGUGCAGACGCUAGAUGAGACAAAUGUCGACUCCUGUCUUUUGGCAAUUUUCACCAUGGCCCGAUAUGAAGCUACAACGUACUUUGAUGUACAUGGUGCUGUAUCAAGUUGCAAAAGCCUUUUACAUCAUGAUGGCUCAAAGGCGGUUUUGAAGCUUUGGAAAGAAGGCCUGAGUCACAAAAUGGCAGCCACAGAAGUGAUUAAGCAUAGUAGGCGGGGAGUGAUCAGGUCUGCACUUAUCAGAGGGACUUUUAUACCCGAGUGGCUUCAGAAUGGGCAUGAUUUUGGUGAGCGUGGCCGAGAGCUUGCGUUUGACUACAUCAUGGUCCAGCUACUCAAUCUUCGAUACGAGGUUCGAGCCUUGAGUGUCAAGGCAGGAAAAGCGAAUGGCCAAAGUUCGGGCAAGGUCGCAGAGAGGGCAUUGGAGCUGUUCGAUAAGCUACACGACAUUGAUAGCUCAUUGCAGGACUGGAAAGCCCAUUUCCCGCGUGGCUGGGCCUACCGGUCUGCUCAUUCCAAUCUUCAGCUUGUCGGUUCCGGUUCAGAAAACACCCCAUGGACCAUUUACAGCUACUCGAGCCCGUUGCAUGCCUGGACCUGGAAUCAAUAUAUCACUACGUGUAUGCUAAUCGAUAAUACACGUAUCAAAAUUCUGGAAAUCUGUAAAGACUCCACGUCGGACGGGUACUCUUGGAAGGAGCAACUGACACAAUGCGUUUCUCGUAUUCACACUAUGAGUGAUCAGCUGGCUGCCAACAUUCCCUACUGUUUGCAAAGAUUCAAGCCAACUCACGGACAAUCCGAGGAAGCAGAGGGCCCGGAUCAUAUCUGGUACAGCCCAGACAGAAAGAUCAAGCCAUACGCUGCAAAUCAAUUAAUAUGGCCAAUAGGAAUAGCUGCAGGCAUCAGCAACAUGGAUCCUAAGCAGCGACAAUGGUUCAGAUCCAUGCUUUCGGCGCUUGGCAAGAUAACAGGGCAUGGCGUUAUUGCCUCCGCUGACACAAAUAAUUGGCUUCAGCUCUAA